AUGUUUUUCUCCUUAACAUUAUUAUACGCCAUUUGGUGGGUACCAUUUGCUAUAAAUAAAAAAAUAAUAUUUGAUCAGAAUGCAAAAAGAAUAAACAAUCACCAUUAUAUAAAAAAUUAUAUACGGAAAAAUGUUUUUGAUAACAAGAAUAAAAUUAGAAAAACAAUAUUAAAAUAUAACAGGAAAAAGUUUGAGAAUAAAAUAUUUGAUACACAUCCUAAUUGUUGUAAUGAUAGUAAUGGAUGUAAAAAUGAAUCUUAUAAAAGUCAUAUAGAAAAAAUAUAUAAUGAUUUAAAUAGUUUGGCUACAAAAAAUGAUAAGAUCAAUUAUAUUAUUCAGGCAGGAAAUAAAGAUUGUAAAGACUAUUAUAUACCCAUAGAUAGAGCAAAUUUUACUAAUAAAAAUAUAUUUGACCAUACAAAAAAACAAAAAUGUUAUAUAAAUGAGCUUAGAAGUAAUGUUAAAUAUAUGUACAUAAAUAAGUGCAAUUCGAAUGUUUAUUUGGGUGUAGAUAUAGAACAAUGUUGUUUUAAAAAUGAGGAGGUAAAAGAAACAUGUCAUGAUAUGCCAAACAAAAUACCUAAAUUGACAAUCUCUGAAAUAGUAUUGUCUAAUAAGGAAGAAAGAAAUGAAAAAAAAAAAAUUAUAAACUUACUAAAGAUGAACGAUAUUAGUGGGAUAGAAAGAAUUAUAAAAAAAAAAAGCUUGCCAAUAAAUUAUUAUAUUACAAUUGAUGGAGGUAGUGAUAAUAUUGUAUUGAGUAAUUUUCUUUAUAUGUUAUUGAAGGGAGUAAAUAAAUUGGAUUUACAAUUUUUUUUGAAUAUAGAUUUUAAAAAAAUAGCUAGUGAUUUUAAAAAUAGGUUUGAAAUAUAUUUCAAUACAGAACAUAUUGUAAAUCAUAUUUACAAACGAAUUUGUAAAUUCUUUUUAAAAAUAAAUGAGGUAGAGAAUUUGAAAAAAAAAAAAAAAAAAAAUAUAUUAACAAAGCUUGACAUAAAUAAAUGUGAAAACCAAUUAGAUUUUAGUAAAGACAUGAAGAUAUAUUGUUAUCCUAAAGUAGCACAUAUGCUUAGUGGAGGAAUAGAUUCAUUGAUGGCUUUAAUUUUAUUAGAAAAAAAAAAGUUUUAUGUCGAUAAUUAUUAUUUUAAUUUUGCACAUUAUGAUUGUAGUAAGAAUGAUUUAAAAUAUGUAAAAAAUAUUUGCAAAAAUCGAAAUAAUUUACAUAUUAUUAAUAUAAAUAAUGAAUAUUAUGAAAGUGUGUUUUUACCAAUGCUUAAAAGUUAUGCAAAAGGAGAAGUUCCAAACCCAGAUAUUGUUUGUAAUAAAAAAAUAAAAUAUAAUUUUUUAUUGAAGACAAUUAAAUCUAUGUCUAAAUUAAAGGGAAAAAAUUUUAAUUAUUCUUAUAUUUCUACUGGUCAUUAUGCAAUGAUAUCUACAAAUAACCCCAAAAAUUGUAAUAACAUUUUUAAUAAUAAUUUUCCAUAUAUUAAAGAAAAAAUGGAAAAAAAAAAAAAAAAAAAUAGAUAUAAAUUAGUUGUUAGUAGUGACUUGAAAAAAGAUCAAACAUUUUUCUUAUCCUCUUUUUCCGAAAAGCAAUUAUCAAAAUUUUUAUUCCCCUUAAGUUUGUAUAAUAAAAAUGAUAUAAAAAUGUUUAUGAAAAAAAAUAAUAUUACAGAUUAUAAUCCAAAUGAAACUAAGGGUUUGUGUUUGUAUGGAAAUGUAGAUAUGCAUUCAUUGUUGAGACUGUAUUUUAAAACAGGAGAGUGUAGCAACAGUGAGAGUGUGCAAAAUGAACGUGUGGAUAGUGAAAGUGGGGAGAGAGUAAUGAAACGGGGGUUGGAUGUCCAAGUUUCAGGGGUAGACUUACAUAGAUUUAAAAAAAAUGAUAUAAAAGAUUUUAAUUUAAAUUAUGUAAAUUAUAUUAUAAAUAUAGAUGAUGGAAUAGUUAUGGAAAAAAAUUCAGAUAUUCAUUUAUAUACUAUAGGGCAAAACAAACAUAUAACAACAUAUAUACAUGAUCUAUAUAUAAAUCGAUUUAAAAAUAAAAAAAAUAAAAAAAAUAUAUUUUCUUCAUGCCAAUGGACAGUAGUUUAUAAAAAGAUUUUACCAAAGGAGAGACAAAUUAUGGAAAAUUUUAUUUAUGUUACAAAAAAUUAUUAUGAUAAAAAGUUUGAUAUUAUAAAAAAAAAGUGUAAAUUAAAAAAUGUUAAAUGGAUCGAACAGUGUAAUAAUGAUAAUAUUCCAAAUUAUUUAAAAAAAAAAAAAAAAAUAAAUAGAGAUAGUAAAAUAAAAGAUAGCGUAAUAAUAUUUGUAAAAAUACGAAACAAUGAAAAAAUAAAAAAAGCAAAAUUGAUAUUUAAUAAAAAUAAUAAGGAGCCCUAUUUGGAAUUAGAAAAUCCAGACAUAGGUUUAUCACCAGGUCAGAUCAUUACUUUUUAUUUACCAUUUAUUAUAAAAAAGAAUAAACAAACUCAAUAUAUUUAUAAUCUAGAUAAGUAUUUACAUUUUCCUAUAUACUACCAUUGUAUUGGGACUGCUAAAAUAAAAAACCAGUACCUCAACAGUGGCAUAUAUAAAAGAAUAAUGGAAAUCCACAAAAAAAAUGGCCUUACACCCUUUUAA